AUGGAUGUAAUAGAACUGGUAGUUAGAGACAUAGAGGAGCUGACUAACCGCAAAGUUUUAGCGGUCUACUUAAGAGGAUCACGAAUGCGCGGUUUGAAUGAAGAUGACUCAGAUUAUGAUAUAACGGUUUUAACUAAUCCAACGAAGAGAGAACUUUUAACGAAUGUGGUCUUCAGCGAAAAGUUGAGAUUGCCUCAGUACAAUGUUGAAGGGAAUAUCACGACGACUGCACAUUUUUAUAAAUUGUUACUAAAAGGAUCUCCUGUGGCAAUAGAGACAAUUCAUGCAUACCCCUUUUAUAUCAACAAAAGCUUCAAGAUCUUAGCUGCUUUCUUAUAUGAAAACAGGAAAGAAAUACUCCGGUGUAGAACCAAGAGCUAUUUAUUGAGCAACAUUAGAAUGUGUAAAAUGCAUCUUAACCGAUUGGUGAAACAAGGAGAUCCAACAAAGAUAGGAAAAAACCUUGUGUACGCAAAAAUGGUUCUUCUUCAGUGUGACAGUGUAGCAGAUGGAGGAAAUUUGGACUUUGGAGUACCCUUUAAUAAUGGAUUAAGAGAAUAUUUGAGUGAAAUGAAAGAAAAUAGAACAUUGGCGGACUGUGAAAUGUAUCUAGAAGAAAUGAAUGAAAAAGAGAUUACGUAUGAUAAUGGUUCAUACCAGGACGAUAAGUCUUUUAUAUUUGAUAAAUUGGAAAGCCAGCUAUUUGACUUGGUCAGCCGAGGAGGUGAGAGUUAG